GCUCUGAUACGAUCAACCUACCCCGUAUCCUACAAGUAGUACUCUACUUCAAUACCAACCCACCGUAUCUUUAUUAUCAGUCCCAAAACACCAUGGCUGGCAGAAUCAGGCUCAUCGCCAAUCCCAACUAUCGCCGCUCUGGCACCAAGUCUUAUGUCCAUGCCAUGCGCAAAUGGGGCUUCGCGCCCACCAUGGAAGGCCCCUACUUUGUUGCGAGCCGUAUCCAGCAGACUGGCAGGCAGUAUACAGACAAGCCCGUGGGAGGCAAAGCUCGCAUUGUCCAUAAGCUGCAGAAGAAGAGCGGUGAUAAGACGGGAGAUGUCCCGGCCGAGGACGUGCAGAAUGACUCGGAGUAUCUGGCCGAGGUGGGCAUCGGUACCCCUGCUCAGAACCUGAAGCUGGACUUCGAUACUGGUUCAGCGGAUCUUUGGGUCUGGUCGACGGAACUGCCCUCUAGUAUCACGGCUCAGGCCCAGGGCCAUACUAUUUUUGACCCCAGCAAGUCCAGUACGUUCAAGACCUCUCAGGGCGAGACGUGGCAGAUCGCCUAUGGAGACUCCUCCACUGCUUCGGGUUCUGUUGGCACGGACAAUGUCAAUAUCGGAGGUCUUGUCAUCAAGAACCAGGCCGUCGAGCUGGCCAAGGAGAUCUCUACUCAGUUUCAGCAAGGUUCAGGAGACGGUCUGCUGGGCCUCGCCUGGGGUAACAUCAACACGGUCAAGCCCACUGCUGUCAAGACGCCGGUCGAGAACAUGAUCGCGGAGGAUGAGAUCCCUCAGUCGGCCGAGCUCUUCACGGCCAACUUGGGUUCGUGGCGCGACAAGAAUGAUCCCGACAAGGGCGAGUCGUUCUACACUUUUGGCUACAUCGACCAGGACGUAGUCAAGGGCCAGGAGAUCUAUUACGCCCCGGUGGACAACAGCCAGGGCUUCUGGCAGUUCGACUCCACCUCGGCUACUGUCAAUGGCAAGACCAUCACGCGCUCGGGGAACAAGGCCAUUGCCGACACAGGUACCACUCUCGCCCUUGUGGAUGAUGAGACCGUCAAGGCCAUCUACGACGCCAUUCCUGGGGCUUCCUAUGAUUCGGACAGCCAGGGAUAUAUUUACCCGAGCGACACCCCGGCGGACAAGCUGCCUACUGUCACCUUUGCCGUGGGUGACAAGCAAUUUACCGUCCAGAAGGAGGACCUCGGGUUCGCAGAGGCCAAGUCGGGCUACGUCUAUGGCGGCAUUCAGAGCCGUGGUGAGAAUCCUUUCGAUAUCCUGGGUGACACUUUCCUCAAGAGCGUCUAUGCGAUCUUCGAUGUUGGCAACAAGCGCUUCGGAGCCGUGCAGAGGACGGAACCAACCCAGAACACAUCUGCGCCCCCGUCCCAGGAGUAAGUUGGCUAGCGGUUGCUGGCCAUCUUUUCCUGAAUGAUGCGCGGCUCUGUGGGGUUCCGCGUAAUCUGACCUGAAUGUUUUUACUGCUGGCAGGAUUCGUGAGGUUCAUGUGAUAUGCCCGGAUGGUGGUUAAUGAUGGUAUAGCUAGUCAUGAGAUUGUCUAUUGAUGCAAUAUAUCUUAAUGAAUCCU